CCAGAAGAACUCAAACUCCAUAAAAGUUAUAUUCACACCUCUAUUUCUCUUCCCUUAUCUCAAAUCACACAAACCAUUACAAAAAACAUAUCAUAUCAUCAAUUCACCUGACAAAUCUAAAGAAAAGUUCUCUCAUCUGAAGAUGACAAUGAUGAUGAUAUCUCUAUAAACUAUCCGCUCAGAGAUUCCAUCUUUUCUAUUACAUGGAGAAGAAAAUAGAAGAAGAUCAUCAUCAAAAACAACAACAAAUGGAGCAGCUCAACAGUACCAAGAACACAGAGACUAAGAUCCAGCACCAAGAAGACCAACAGCAACAAAUGUUUCAAGCAACAACGUCAUCGCACAUGGCGAAUCUAGAUACGUCAUCAGAUCAUCAUCAUCAGUUGGAGCUAGCUGGGAACAACAUUAAUCUAGCAAGCAUCUUCGAUGCUCCAGUUUCAUCACCUUUUCCUUAUUCUUAUUUAGAAGAUCCCGAUCCUUUUCUUGACUUUCUCCCACAAGACCAUCAUCAAUUUUCUUCAUCCUCUAAUUCAUCUUCUUUUUCAUUCGAUGCCUUUCCUCUCCAAAACAACAAUACCAACCUCUUUAAUACGGAUUUACCCUUGUCUCAACCUUCAACAACAAAGCGUGCGUCAUCAGAAGUUGUGAACAUAGCACCGAUGUCUCCAAACUCAAACUCAGUCUCCUCUUCAUCCAAGGAAGUUGCAAACGAUAAUAUUGAUAAAAAUGUUACUCUUAAAGAUCCAGAAGAAGGAGAACAAGAGCAAAAGGGUACUAAGCCACAAAGGUUGAAGGCAAAGAAGAAAAACCAAAAGAAGGCAAGAGAGGCUAGGGUUGCGUUUCUGACGAGGAGCGAUAUUGAUAAUCUUGACGAUGGUUAUAGGUGGAGAAAGUACGGCCAGAAAGCUGUCAAAAACAGUCCUUAUCCUAGAAGCUAUUACCGUUGCACAACAGUGGGUUGUGGAGUGAAGAAGAGAGUGGAGAGAUCCUCUGAUGAUCCUUACAUCGUCAUGACAACCUACGAAGGUCAACACACUCACCCAUUUCCCAUGACACGUGGACACAUCGCAAUGCUUACGUCACCAAUCCUCGACCAUGGUGCAACCACGACGUCAUCAUCAUCAUUUGCUAUCCCUCAGCCACGCUACUUGCUGACCCAGCAUCACCAACCCUACAGUAGCAUGUACAACAACUCUCUAAGCAUGAUUAACCGAAGCUCCUCAGAUGGCACUUUCGUAAAUCCAGGAUCAUCAUCAUUCCCUGGAUUUGGUUAUGACAUGUCACAAGCUUCUACUUCAACUACUUCGGCCAUUAGAGAUCAUGGAUUACUUCAAGAUAUUCUUCCUUCUCAGAUCAGGUCGGAUACUACUAACACCAGAACCAAUCAAGAGGAUAAGAAAUGAAGAACGUUAUUUUUGCAGGGGCAAUUGUUUUUUUGGCCGGAACCGGUUGAUAUGUUUUACGAGGAAUUUUUGGCCGGCUUAGAUAAUUAAAGAACGAUCAUAAUUAAACCGAUAUUGCUGGCUGGCUUUCUAAUGUUCUUCUUGAUCAAUAUCUAGUAUCGAAUAACCGAUGCUAACUAGGAACAUAGGUUUGUAGCAUAUGUGAUUUAGAUAUAACUUCAUCUUUCUAUUUUGAGUAUUAAUAAAAGUGUACAUUUUAUUCGAA